AUGAUAUCCCAACGGUUAUUACGGCCGCAGCUCGGUCUGCGUGCUGGGGCUUCAACGAGAACACUUUUAUCGCAGACCCAUGGCCGAGAAUUGCAUUCUGUUCCGAAAUUGACAUACUACAACAUUUUCAAAGAGAAUGGCGUUCCGGGUAUGUUAUCUCCCAGUGGUUUUCAUAUGGCCUGGGACCAAUAUCAGGGCUAUCUCGUGGAUAAAUUGAAUGAGAUGACAGCAGGGAAACCCGAUGCGGAUGUUGCCACCGGAUCACUCUUAACCAAGUACGCGCGUGAUGCUAGUAACGCCUCACUUUUUAACUAUGCUUCGAUGGCGCAUAAUAACCAUUUGUUCUUUAAUUACCUUUCACCCGAACCUGUCGAAAUCCCCACCAAGCUAUUAGAAGCGAUUGAUGAAUCGUGUUCGUCUUUAGAGUCACUUAAGGCAGAAUUCCUUGCGACUGCCAACGCCAUGUUUGGGCCAGGAUUCGUGUGGCUAGUAAAGAGAAAGGAUACUGCUGAACUAAGAAUUUUGUGCACUUAUAUCGCUGGCUCGCCCUAUCCUGCCGCGCAUUGCCGUCUUCAACCCAUUGAUAUGGCUACUGAGACAACUGGAAUUGUUAGCGGUGAACCUUAUCAAGCGGUUAGCAAAAUCGCAAACAGAACCUAUGGUUCGAUGGGACGAUAUUCCAAAGCCAAACCUCUUGCUCCCGGUGGCGCCGAUGUUCACCCAAUUCUUUGUGUAAAUACAUGGGAGCACGUAUGGCUCCAGGAUUGGGGCGUUGGUAGAAAAGCGCAGUAUCUCGAAGCCUGGUGGAACAGUAUCAACUGGGAGGCUGUGGCUCAGACCUACCAAUCUAUUGGGCCGGACAACGUCAUGACUCGGAGAAAGUUGCCUGGUGCUUAUGCGCGGGCCUAUGCGUAG